CACUCCUACUUUUCGUAUCCUCUACAUUUUUUUUUUAAAAAAAAUUUAGUAUAAUAAGUUACGUUUAUAAAGCAUAUGCAUAUGGGUGAUGAAGAACAGCAGAUAAAGAAUUACUGGGAGGGGUACGUGAACUGGAGGAAUAGAGCUGCCGUCAAAGGUCUUCAUGGCGGCAUGCUUGCUGCAUCCUUUGUCCUUGGCGUGGAGGUGAUGGAGAACCUAGCAUACCUGGCAAACGCGAGCAACCUGGUGCUUUAUCUGUCAAAAUUCAUGCAUUUUUCUCCAUCCACCUCCGCCAACAUUGUCACAAAUUUCAUGGGCACCGCCUUCCUCCUUGCUCUUCUUGGUGGCUUCCUAUCCGACGCCUUCUUCUCUACUUAUCUCAUCUACUUGAUCAGCGCAGCAGUCGAGCUCGCGGGUCUUUCCAUACUGACGGUUCAAGCUCGUGCACCUUCGCUAAAGCCAGCAUGGUGUGUAUUAACCGAUGCAAACGGUGCAUGCCAGGAAGCUAAUGGUGGGAAAGCAGCGAUAUUGUUUAUGGGCCUUUAUCUGGUAGCAUUGGGCGUUGGAGGGAUUAAAGGUUCCCUCCCCCCGCACGGCGCAGAGCAGUUUGAUGAGACUACCCCACAAGGAAGAAAGCAGAGAUCAGCAUUCUUCAACUACUACGUCUUCUGCCUCUCCUGCGGUGCUCUUAUUGCUGUGACUUUCGUGGUGUGGAUUGAAGACAACAAAGGCUGGCAAUGGGGCUUUGGCAUCUCUGCUCUCGCAAUACUCAUCUCCAUCCCUAUCUUCUUGCUGGGCUCUACUACUUACAGGAUCAAAAUUCCCUCUGGAAGCCCUAUAACCACCAUUUUCAAGGUUUUGAUCGCAACAGCUUGCAACAGUUUUACUUCUAGGAGUCAUAGGAACAGCACCAUCAUAAGCUUAGCGACAAGCCCACCUAGUAUAACGACAGAUAGUAGUAAUAAUGAAGGAGGAAGUGGUAUUGCCCAAGAUCAAAAGGGAAAUGUGCCAAAUACAAGCAGAAGCAAAUGCCUCAAUUUCCUUCACAGGGCAGUCACAAACAAGCCACUCCACCCGGCGUUGGAAUGUACAAUAACGCAAGUAGAAGAGGUGAAGAUAGUGCUGAAGAUCUUACCCAUCUUCGCUUCCACCAUAAUGCUCAAUUGUUGCCUGGCUCAGCUCUCCACGUUUUCUGUCCAACAGGCAGCCACCAUGAACACUCAGCUUGGCUCUUUGAGGAUACCUCCGGCUUCUCUUCCAAUUUUCCCCGUCGUCUUCAUCAUUAUCCUUGCACCAUUCUAUAACCAUAUCAUUAUCCCAUUCGCCAGAAAAGUGAACAAGACCGAAAUGGGGAUCACUCAUUUGCAGAGGAUUGGGACAGGCCUGGUUCUGUCCAUUAUAGCCAUGGCAGUUGCAGCCUUAGUGGAGAUCAAGAGAAAAGGGGUUGCUGCACAAUAUGGGCUAUUAAAUUCUGCACAGCCAUUACCCCUCACAUUCUUGUGGAUUGCAUUUCAGUACUUGUUUCUCGGGUCGGCUGAUCUUUUCACCCUGGCUGGAAUGAUGGAGUUCUUUUUCACAGAGGCCCCAUUGAGCAUGAGGUCCUUGGCCACUGCUCUCGCCUGGGCUUCUCUGGCCAUGGGGUACUACCUCAGCUCCGUGCUUGUGUCAACAGUUAACCGCGUGACGGGCAAUUCUCAGCACCAACCUUGGCUGUUUGGAAGCAACUUGAAUCAUUGUCAUCUGGAGAGAUUUUACUGGUUGAUGUGUGUAUUAAGCGGAUUGAACUUCUUGCAUUAUCUCCUAUGGGCUAGCCGAUACAAGUACAGACCUAUGAGGCCUGAUAAUUAGAAGAAAACCCAUAUUUCAGUUUACCUUUAGUAGUGUAGGUUAGAGGCCCCAUGUAGUUGAAAAAAGUGCAAAUUUCAACAAAAAUUAUCUCAAGCGUGGCGUUAUAUUAUGCCCGAGCUGCUUUCAAGGGACAUUCCGGUGGGACCUGAGGCCUGAGACUUUUAUAUAAGAGGUUUUACCUUCGAAUCACAAGAGGGGUGCAAAUGGUUAAGGGGGAGAUAGCCUACUUUCUAUUGUGCAGCCUAAGUGUCAUCGAUACUUCUUAAUAAACAAUAAAAAGUAAUUUAUUUGUUA